AUGGUCAUCGACAACGCUUUCGACGACAACGUCAAGAUUGUGUUCGACCUCACCAACCAGGCGCCACUCACUCGCCAUGGCACAAACAUUCUGGCAGUUGACAACCACCUUGAGAGCGCGGAAGAGAAGAAGAGAAACUCGCCCGCAUGGGCGAACUUUGUUCCCUUGGACGGCUUGACGAGCGAAUUCGUGCCUUUUGCAAUCGGUUGGUACGGUGAGAUAGGUGGAGAAGCGUUGAGUUUCAUUCGAAGAAUCGUUGGCUUUUUUAGGGUUUAG